AUGUCUAUUGAAAAUACUAUUAUUCGAUUUACUGGAAAGAAUUUUCCUACGUGGGAAUUUCAAUUUAAAAUAUUUUUGAAAGGGAAAGAAUUAUCAACUCAUAUUGAUGGUUCGGGUCAAGUUCCCACUGAUGAAAAAGAACUUGCACAAUGGGAGGUCAAGAAUGCUAAAGUCGUCUCUUGGCUAUUAUGGACGAUUGAGCCCCAUCUUGUAACCAAUCUCCGCUGUUUUACUACAGCUCAAGCUAUGUGGGACUAUCUCCAUCGCAUUUAUCACCAGAAUCACAGUGCUCGGAAAUUCCAAUUGGAGGUGGAAAUUAGCAAUUAUACUCAAGGUAAUUUGACCAUUGAACAAUUUUACUCUGGUUUUAUUAAUCUUUGGAGCGAGUAUUCUGCUAUUGUUCAUGCUAAGGUUCCUCCUGCGGCCUUCGCGGCUCUUCAAGAGGUUCAUACUGAGAGUCAAUGCGAUCAGUUUUUGAUGAAACUUCACCCUGAAUUUGAGCAUGUUCGAGCUGGUUUAUUAAACCGUAGUUCAGUUCCUUCUUUGGAUAUUUGUUUGGGAGAUUUAUUACGUGAAGAACAGCGGUUAACCACUCAGAUGGGUAUGACUUCUGAGAAAGUCUUUUCCGAGGCUGUAAAUGUAGCCUAUGCAGCACAAGGGAGAGGAAGAAAUAAAGUGCAGUGUUUCAAUUGCAAGGAAUUUGGGCAUAUUGCCCGAAAUUGCUCUAAGAAAGUUUGUAACUACUGCAAAAAAGAAGGUCAUAUCAUCAAAGACUGUCGAGUGCGGCUUCAAAAUCACCAAUCCCAAGCUUUUCAGGCUACUGUUCAAUCCUCUUCUUCUUCCUCUUCUGCGCCACCAACUGUAAACUCCGAUUCAUCUGUUCUCACACCAGCAAUGGUCCAACAGAUGAUUGUGUCUGCUUUUACAACCUUAGGCCUGCAAGGUACGGAUACUAACUCAACCUCCUAG